GAGAAAUUGAGGGCAUGCUGUGAAACAAUUUCCAAAACUUGAAUCCAUGUAAUGCUUUCUGGGAUUGUGAGGACGCAAGGAAAUUGAUCCCCUGCUCUAAAAGGUUUUCACUGCGAAUUGUUUUUCUUCCUGAAAACACCAAUGAAGCAAAAUACCUCUUAUUGCUGUGUGAUCGAUGAUUCUGACGGGGCUAAUGUCAACGUGUUUAAAUGGGUUGUUCAAGGUGAUCUUUCAGCUCUGGAUUACCUGAGCAAGAAGAGUCCGAGUCACCUGAGCUCUAGGGAUGAAAACGGAGCGGGACCGAUCCACUAUGCUGCCGCUAGUGGGCAUUUGGACGUUAUUCGGCUCAUUGUGUCCUUGACAGGACUUGACGAGUUGGAUGUUCAGGAUGCAGAAGGACAAACUCCUCUACAUUUUGCUGUGGAGAAAAACCAGGAGUCAAGCUGUUCACUGCUGCUAGAUUUGGGUGCAAAUCCAAACAUAUUAAACACAGCCAUGAUGGCACCGAUUCACUUGGCCAUCAGCAAAGAACAUAAUCACCUGGUACAGGUAUUCCUGUCCUGCAGCCGGACAGAUGUGAAUCUGGAGGGAGAUCUGGGAAACACACCAGUAAUGUUGGCAUGUUCCCACAAUAACUGUGAAGCUCUUCAUGCACUUUUUGAACAUGGAGCCAAGCUGUGUCAUCAGAACAAGCUGGGGCAUUAUGCGAUACACACAGUGGCUUUCUCGGGAGCCAAAGAAGCAAUGGAGACAAUACUGCAAAAAGGAGAAGAGUUUGGAAUUUCCAUUCUUACACACAUUAAUUAUUUGGAUAAAUCAAAGAGCAGCCCACUUCAUUUAGCUGUAAGAGGUGGAAAUAUAGAAGUGAUCAAGCUUUGCAUCGCUAAAGGUGCAAAAGUGGACCAGCAACAGUGUGACAAGUCCACGGCGCUGCAUUUCGCCUGCACACAGGGAGCCAUGAAAGCCGUACAAGCGAUGCUGCGUCCUUAUGAGACAAAGAUCCAUGAAAUCAUCAACAUUAGAGACGCAGCCAAUCAGACUCCGUUACACAGAGCCACAUUAUUCGAUCAUGUGGAACUGGCAAAAUUUCUCGUCUCAAAGGGCGCAGAUAUAGACUGCAAGGACUGUAAGAGUUAUACCCCUUUACUCCUGGCUACAACAAGCAGCGCAUGGAAAACCGUUUCAUUCCUGCUCUCUAAAGGUGCAGAUUUUAGAAUUAAAGACAAUACGGGACGGAAUUUCCUCCAUCUCGUCAUCUUCCAACCCAAAGGACUGAAAAAUCUUCCUGAACACAUUUUACAGAAUAAAGACGUAUGGGAGCUUAUGAGCGCUGAGGAUUAUGAAGGCUGCACUCCUCUACACUAUGCCUGCAAACUCGGCAUCCACGACUCGGUUAAAAACAUGCUGGGGUUUGAAAUCUCCUUGGGCCGCAAGUCAAAGGAGAAAAAAUCAGCGCUUCAUUUUGCUGCAGAAUACGGCCGAAUAAAUACGUGCCUCAGGCUUUUGGAGACGAUCAGGGACUCGCGUUUGCUAAAUGAGGGAGAUGAGAAUGGACUGACUCCGCUCCAUCUGGCCUCAAGAGGGGGUCACAUCAAGGUGGUGGAUCUGCUGCUCAGAAGAGGUGCUCUGUUCCAGAGCGACUAUAAAGGCUGGUCGUGUUUACAUCACGCUGCUGCUGAAGGAUACACACAAACAAUGAUUAUCCUGCUGGCAGCAAACAUCAAACUGCUGGACAACACAGAUGAAGAAGGGGACACGGCUCUGCACGUAGCCGCACGUGAAGGUCAUGUUGCAGCUGUAAAGCUCUUACUGAACCAAGGAGCUGAAAUCCUGCUCAAUAAUAAUCAUGCAUCUUUCUUCCACGAAGCCGUGCGCAAUGGGAAAAAAGAUGUUGCUAACACUGCUAUUGAGCAUGAGAGGUCAGAAGAGAUUAUACUUCAGUUUAAAAUGGGCUACAGUCGCUGUGGUGUGCUGGAUUUAAUAGAGUUUCUGCCUGAAUCAACAAAGCAUCUACUGGAUCAGUGUAUGACUGAAUCAGAGCAUGACCCAAACAGCACUGCCUACCAUAUCACAUACAAUUUCCAGUGGCUUCAGGCUCCAGUAAGCGUACAGAAAUCAUCUCAAAUGGACAAAGCGGUGUAUAUUCAGCCUCUGGCUGCUCUAAAUGCAAUGGUUCAGUACAACCGGCUUGAGCUGCUUACACACCCUGUGUGCCAGAAAUACUUAGAGAUGAAAUGGAAAGCUUAUGGAAGUAAAGCUCAUUUGCUCAAUCUGGCCGUGUACCUGUUAGGCCUUUUGCCUCUCACGUAUCUUGUCAUCAACCUAAAACCUUCACAAAUCAAGACAGCAAAUGGCACGGUCUUCAAAAUGGAGCCCAUACCCUUCCGUAAACAAAGCUAUUUAAUUUCAGUGUCCAUGCUGAUGGUCCUUGUCAUGAACAUUUAUGCCAUUUGCAAAGAGGUGAUACAACUGGUACAACAGCGAAUGAGUUACUUUUUCGACUCCUCAAACGUAUCGGAUUGGGCAACAGCCAUUUCCUCUCUUGCUUUCAUUAUUCCAAUGUUCUUCGGUGUGGAAGGGAAUCUGCAUUGGCAGGCUGGAGCUUUGGCAAUUUUAUUUGCCUGGAUGAACUUUCUGCUUUUUUUACAGAGGUUUGACCGUUUUGGUAUUUAUGUUGUCAUGUUUGGAGAAAUCACAAGGACACUCAUCAUCGUCCUUGUCCUUUUCAUCUUCCUGUUGCUGGCGUUUGGAUUGUCCUUUCAUGCGCUGAUGCUACAUCGUGGCGAGUUCAACUCGAUUGGUCUGUCGUUGGCGCAAACGUUUGUGAUGACGGUUGGAGAGCUGAAUUACGAAACCUCAUUUCUGGAAGCAUACAAUCACAGAACUCUGGCUUUUCCGUUAAUCACCUACUUUGUUUUUGUGUCCUUCGUCCUACUCAUGCCAAUCCUUCUCAUGAACCUGAUGAUUGGUUUGGCAGUGGGGGACAUCGCUGAGGUUCAAAGAAACGCAGCACUGAAGAGGAUCGCCAUGCAGAUUAAUCUUCAUACCACACUGGAAGAAAAAUUGCCAUAUUGGUUUAUGAAGCGAGUCGACAAACAUAGAAUCACGAUCUACCCGAACAAGAAUUGUGCCAAGUUUAAGGGAAUGAUGGAGCAGUUCUUUUGGGUUGUUAAUCCAGAGGGCAAAGUGCGCACUCGUUUAGACACUCACGUGUCACACUCAAAUCCAAUGGAGACAGAAAUGAUCAAGCAGAAAAACAGGCUGAAGCAGAUUUCUUCUGCAUUGGAAAAACAAGACGUUUUGUUGAAACUCAUCAUACAGAAAAUGGAAAUCACAACAGAGGCCGACGACAAAGACGGACCUGACGAUUUUAGGUCCAUCACCAGAGCAAAAGUACAUAAAUCCCGCUGGGUUCCUCUGAUGCAAGCUCUCGGGGUCGGGAAGUCACAUUCGACAUGCUAAUGGUGGUGUAGAGAUUAAUGUAAUGCCAGAUAUACUUUAUCUUACAUUGAAAAUCUAAGUGAUUAUCAAGAAAAUAUACUAUUUAGUAGAAUUUAGUAUCAAGUAAUAUUGUAUAUUGAGUAUGUAGCAUUAAAUCAUUGUGUAUUCUUUAAAAUUACACUGUUAAUAGUAAUAGAAUUUAUCUAUUUAAAUUGAGGGGAAAUAAAUACUUAGACACUUUAGCUGUUGUUAUUUGGUAUGUAUUAAUAGAUACUGUAUGUAAUUUGGAGCAUUGUACACACAUUUAAUUUAAGUUUUUUUAAGUUAUUUUAUAUUGCUAUUUAAAUUUUUUAUGGUUCUACUAGUAAGUGAGCAUCAUCAUCUGGGCAUUUCAUAAACAAGUUAAAAUCCAAUAAAAACAGCAGUAAUGUUUUUGCUUAUGUGUCUAAGUGGGGCCUACAAAGCCCUGAUAUCGAUCAAGUUUGAAAAUGAUGCACUUUUUUUUUACAUUUUUAAGGUUCUUAUAAGGAAAUAACGCUCUCAGUGUGGACUUCUGAGCUUUGGGACCAAUAGAAAACAAGUUUGUCUUCAUGUCUACCAAAUUUCUGGAGAUAAUGUUUAUUUUUAGGUCACAGACAUGCAGCUAUACAUGUCAGGGAUCCUUCAUUUCUACAGGAUCCUUAAUUUUAUUAUAGCUAUGGGUUAUGAUUAGAAAUACACAUACAUAUUUGUUCAUAUUUGUGUUUUUAUUUAUUUUAAGUUCAAAAUAUAUACAGAUUCAGUAUAUUCACUAAAAGUAGAUUAAAUAACAAAAGACAAAAAUGUCUAUCUGAUUAUUUCUUUUCACUGCACUGAUCACUUUAAAGUGUACCUCACAAAACAUUUUUAUUGGAUUUUUUUUUUUUUACAUACACUAUAUGGAAAGACGUAUUGGGACACCUGAAUUUUCCAACCAUUUCAAGUUCUUUCCCAAACUGUUACAGCAAAGUUGGAGGAACACAAUUGAACUGGAAGUCUUUGGAUUGCAGUAGAAUGAAAUUUUCUCUUCACUUGAACUAGGAGGCUCAAACUUGUUCCAUCAUGACAGUGACCACUGUACACAACACCAGCUCCAUAGUGAUAUGAACCUAUAAACAUAGGAUGAAAUUCUGACCUCAAAACAACUGAAGACCUUUUGGGUAAAUUGCAAUGCCACAACAAAAUCUAGUGGAACGUCUUCCAAAAGAGUGGAGGUUCUUAUAAUAGCAAACGGGGGCUAAAUUUGGAAUGGGAUGUUUAAAAAGCAUUGACGUGUCAUAUAGUUAAAAGUCUUUUCAUAUUGUGUACAAAGAUAUAGGUAUGAACACUAUGAGCUCAAAAAAGGGUUCAGACUCGAGCCUGAAAAAGGAUUUUAAUUAACUUCGUGAAUUAUUUACAAACGCACUCUGGAGAUUUGCAGGAAACUAAUUUCAGUGACAUAUAUUCAGACACACCUCUCUUUCACACACUUACGCACAUUUCUAUUGGUCAUUCUUUCACAUUACACUCCAAAAUAACAUUUCCCUUAAUAAUGAACAUGAACACUAUUACAAUGGUUUAUAUUAUUCAGCUUUACCAUUUCAAUAUGGUUUUUUUUAAAGCUGUUUUCUCUCACAGGGAGACAAAAAGCAACAACAUUAUCAUUAUAAUUUUUAUCACUAUUAUUACUAUAAGUGAUGCAAUAAUGUCAUCGUGAGUAACUUUAUCACGAGAGCAGGUUUCAGCCGGAAUCCCAGAGUUUUGCAAUUAAAGUAAAAAGAUCUCUAGUGUGCGUAUUAUACAUUACUGAGCUUGUGUGUUGCCCUGUUGUUGGGUUUUUUUGUGCAGUUUUAUUCUUUUGGCCAGCAGAAAAAACUAUUUU